GGUAAGCUAAACUCGAUAUCCGAUUACCGCUGUUGGACGGGACUGCGACUGCUCUCGACGACGAACGUCAGUGUACAAUGCCAGACGGAGACCAAUGGAGUGCACGAAUUGCGAGUUGAGACAACGUCAGUUUUAUUGUGAGAAUUGCUUGAGGAAUCACCUUCGUGAUUUUCGACGACAAACCCAACAUUUCGCCAAAGAUCGGGAUGAACAGGUCUCUCGUGCAACGCGGGCAUUGCGAAGUGUCGAAGGGGCCCGUGUGUCGCGAGCAGUAUUUGCAGCUGCCCAGCGUAGGGCGGAGGAGCUUGCAGAAGCUUUGGGACAGCUCAGGCGGGAGAACGAAGCCAAACGCGAUCGCGUGCGGCUUAUGCGCGAGAGUGUUGCUGCCCGACGCCGUACGCUCUCAGCAGCACGGCUCUUAUCUACGCCACCACUCGACGGCGCACUAACGCGGGAGACACAAGCAUUGCACGUACUGUCCAAUGCUCUUGCGCGUGCGCGAGGUGGCCUCGUACAGGAGUUGGUUGAGGUGUUCAGCGUAGUUGAAGUUGGGGGCAGGCCAGCUUUAGGAGGUCGCGCGGGCACACGCGGAGAGUGGACCGUUGGUGGACUUGUCUUGCCAGUACCGGGCGACAUUCAACGCUAUCCGUCCGACCACAUCAAUGCGGUUUUGACGUAUACGAUACAUUUCGUGGGCUUACUAGCCUUUUACUUAGGUGUGAAACUACCUUUUGAAAUAACGUGGAGUGGUGGUCGUUUCGGCGUCGGCCAGCCGUGGAUCGGGGCCGGCAGGGGUGGCGAGUCAGGUAGUUGGGCGAAAUGGUCAACGAAACAUCCUUUGCACCUGUCAGCCCCAGGGUCAACGAGGCCCUCGUCGCCGAGUUCGCCUACCGUACAACCCUCUACGCACUACCCUUCCACUUCAGCCAGCGCGUCCUCCGUGAUGUCUGUGUCAACCACACCCGUUUCUGCAAGCGGAUCUCAGCCUCAGUCCUCUUUCACUACAGCGUUCGCAAUGCUGCUAUACAAUGUGUGUUACCUCGCUCAUACCCAAGGCGUCGAAAUUCCCCUUUCGCAGGCGGGAGACGCACUGUCUAAUUUAUGGGCGGUGUGCUGUAGUGGAGAACUGGGCCGCCGCUCGCACGCAACCACACCACUCCUCUCACCACCAACGCCAUCCUCAUUCCCCCUUGACUUCGCUCAGCUUUUGCAAGCAACGACCGCUGUACCUACACGAGGACGGCGCCGACGUCCCAUGCCAGGUAAUUCGCCCGUCGACACAAGCUCGUAUUCACCUGGGACGCCCACUGAUGACCGUGACUGGGGUGUUCUUCCUUCACGACAUCAUAAACGGAUUGUUGAGGAAGAGGGGUGGGAAGUUGUCGAUGAUGAAGCAGAAACAGAGUUCGGUUGACGAAGAAAACGAGUGGUGUCAUUAGAGCAGGGGCCGCGUCGGAGUUCCUGCGUAUUGUCUGCAUUGAAAAGUUACUAGAAUAUCUGGCGUACGAUCUUCUUGUAGCGUAU